UCCCACGGCUGUUGGGGGCUGACUUGAAUCUGAGGGUAAGCAGCAGCUGAAGGCCCAGACGAUGGAAGGAAGAUACUGCCUGAUGUUCUUGACAGCACUCUGGUUGAGCAUGGAGCUAGGGACAACUUCCAACGAGAGGACCCAGGCGGAUAGACUAUGCUGUGCUGCAAGCCGUUCGGCGGAGCCCCCUAAAAGCUGUGGGUCCUGUGGGCCUGGCCAGUGCUGCAGAGAUAAACAAUGCAGCCAGUGUAGGCCACUCUUGCAGUGCCAGGAGGGAAUGCAGCUCUAUUGCACAGGCACAAUUGAGUACCGAUAUUUCUGCAAAGAGUGUCCUGAUGGGACUUACUCCGAGACCAACCACACUUGUUGCAACCCUUGGACCAACUGCGAGAAGAUUGGCCUGAGGAUUGUGCAGCCGGGAAACAAAACUCAUAAUGCUGUGUGUGGGCCAAAACCGUCUGCUAUCCUUGUGGAACCCGAUUUCACGAUCUGCACCCAGGCUGGUAGAACUGAAAUGGCCUCAAGGAAAUCCACUGUUUCCUCCUCCUGUACAGUGUCCACAGAUGACCUGAGACACUGGGUCCCAAUGGGCAGAUUCACCACCUUCCUGAUCAUCUUGAUAGCAGCAAGUAUUCUUAUGUUCACUGUGAUGACAUUUUGCCUGAUCACCCACAUAAUCAUCCACAGGACAAAACUCCACGUGAUGGAAGAACCCAAAUCCGUCCAUCCUGUGAACCUCCUAGGAACUCAACUGGAUCUGGAAGAUACCUUCAGCUGCCAGUUCCCAGAGGAAGAACGUGGAGAUAAGAUAUUAGCAGAGAACUUCUCGUUGUCAUCGGUGGUCCACUGAAAACUCCUGGGCUAGUUGGCACAUGGGUGCGCAGACACAGUAUCAUGGCUUACCUCUUGGGGACAUAAAACCCGCCUCCACGGUCCAGAUGGUGGACCAAAAGGGACUGUUGGCCUUUAAAAAGCUUUGAUCCAAGUUGACUCCAUAUCAGUUGCUGGAGGGGACAAAGUGGGGUUGGAGAAGAUCUCUGUGGGGAUUUUGGCAUGCAGAGAAAACUAUCCUCAUGUAUCACAAGUGA